AUGGCGUCGGCGUGGUCGGCCCUGCGGGUCCGCGAGCAGUUCAUCAGCUUCUUCGAGUCCAAGGGGCACACGAGGUGGCCGUCGAGUCCCGUGGUCCCCGUCGACGACCCCACGCUGCUGUUCGCCAACGCUGGGAUGAACCAGUACAAGCCGGUCUUCCUCGGCACAGCGGCGCCGGACUCGCCGCUCGGCCGCCUGCGCCGUGCCUGCAACACCCAAAAGUGCAUCCGCGCCGGCGGGAAGCACAACGACCUCGACGACGUGGGGAAGGACACGUACCACCAUACCUUCUUCGAGAUGCUCGGGAACUGGUCCUUCGGGGACUACUUCAAGGAGGAGGCCAUCGGAUGGGCCUGGGAGCUUCUCACUCAGGUAUAUAAAUUGCCCACUGAUAGAAUUUAUGCCACAUACUUUGGUGGUGAUGAGAAAUCUGGUCUUGCUGCUGAUACUGAAUCGAAGAACAUUUGGUUGAAAUAUCUACCGAAAGAAAAGGUUCUGCCUUUCGGCUGCAAGGACAACUUUUGGGAGAUGGGUGACACUGGUCCCUGUGGGCCAUGUACUGAAAUUCAUUUUGAUCGUAUUGGGAACCGUGAUGCUGCUUCCUUAGUUAACAAUGAUGAUCCAACUUGUAUCGAGAUAUGGAACCUUGUAUUCAUUCAGUUCAAUAGGGAGGCAGAUGGCACAUUGAGACUUUUGCCAGCAAAACAUGUGGACACUGGGAUGGGCUUUGAGCGUUUAACUUCUAUCCUUCAGAAUAAAAUGAGCAAUUAUGAUACAGAUGUAUUCAUGCCAAUAUUUGAUGCCAUCCACCAAUUGGCUGACGAUGGAAUUCAGCCAUACUCUGGUAAAGUAGGUUCUGAUGAUAUUGGCAAAGUUGAUAUGGCUUACAGAGUAGUUGCUGACCACAUAAGAACCCUUUCUUUUGCUAUUGCUGAUGGUUCCCAACCUGGUAAUGAGGGAAGAGAGUAUGUUCUGAGGCGCAUACUUAGGCGAGCUGUUCACUUUGGUCAUCAGAAAUUGAAGGCAAAGCAAGGAUUUUUUAGCUCGCUUGUAAAUGUUUUUGUCCAAUUGAUGGGUGAUGUAUUUCCUGAGUUAAAAGACAAUGAAAAGAAGAUCAAAGAUAUUAUUAGAGAUGAAGAAGAAAGCUUUGAGAACACUCUAGCAAAGGGUUAUGAAAAAUUUAAGAAAGCUGCAGAUGCUGUUAAGGAUAAUGGUGGAACUGUACUUAGUGGCCAGGAUGCAUUUGUUCUUUGGGACACUUAUGGUUAUCCAAUUGAUUUGACUGAGGUCAUGGCAAUCGACUACGGGCUGACUGUUGAUAAGGAGGGUUUUAAUGCUUCUAUGGAAGAAGCGAGGCAAAAAGCUAGAAAUGCUCGUAACAAGUCUGGAGGAAGCUCUAUUGCUAUGGAUGCGAAUGCUACAGCGCAUUUGCGCAAACAGGGGCUUGUCAGCACGGAUGAUAGCCCAAAGUUUCUGUGGCCCAAGGAACAUGAAAGUGUGGUGAAGGCUAUCUAUACUGGCUCAGAAUACAUUACUACAGCUACUGGUGAUGAAGACUUUGGCCUUGUGCUGGAAAGUACAAGUUUCUAUGCCGAACAGGGUGGCCAGAUAUUUGACACUGGGAGCAUUGAGGGGUCUUUUGGAACUUUUAAUGUGAACAACGUCCAAGUGUUUGCUGGCUAUGUUCUACAUAUUGGCUCAUUUACAAAAGGUUCCAAGGUUUUGUCUCUUGGUGAUAGUGUGAUAUGCAAGGUUGAUUACAACCGGCGCACACUGAUUGCUCCAAACCAUACGUGUACUCACAUGUUGAACUUUGCUCUAAGGGAAGUACUUGGUGAUCAUGUUGACCAGAAGGGUUCAAUUGUUCUACCGGAGAAGCUGAGAUUUGAUUUCUCUCAUGGAAAACCUGUCCAGCCUGAAGAUUUGAGAAAAAUUGAGUCCAUAGUGAACCAGCAAAUAAAGGAUGAGCUGGGUGUAUAUGCACUUGAAAUAAAAUUAGAGGAUGCGAAGCGCAUAAAUGGUCUUCGUGCUGUGUUUGGUGAAAUCUACCCUGAUCCAGUAAGAGUUGUAUCAGUUGGUCGCAAAGUGGAAGAUCUGCUUGCAGAUCCUGAUAGCAAAGAGUGGUUAUCCAUAUCGACUGAACUAUGUGGAGGUACACAUAUCACAAACACAAGAGAUGCUAAAGCAUUCGCACUCUUAUCUGAGGAGGGUAUUGCAAAAGGUGUUAGGAGGAUAACAGCCGUGACUGCUGGAUGUGCCACCCAGGCUAUGGAGUUGGCAUCAUCUAUUGAUUCUGAUAUCAAUGAAGCAGCUCAGUUGGAGGGAGCUUUGUUGGAAAAGAAAAUUGCUUCCAUCAAGAGUGGGCUGGAUGCAGCUGCUAUCCCUGCUGCAAAAAAAGCUGAUUUGAGAGGCAAGGUUUCAAAGUUAGAGGAUGAACUUAGGAAGGCAAAGAAGAAAAUGGGUGAGCAAAAUAUACAAAAGGCUGUGAAGUCUGCAAUGGAUGCCGCAGAAGCUGCUCUUUCAGGAAAUAAGCCGUUUUGUGUUACUCAUGUCGAUGUGGGUCUGGAUACCACGGCUGUCCGGGAGGCGGUUAUCAAAGUCAUGGACAAGAAGGGUUUGCCUAUAAUGCUAUUCAGCACUGAUGAGGCAUCAAACAAAGUUGUUAUCUAUGCUGGUGUGCCUCCUAAUGCUCCUAGCGGCUUCAAGGUGUUGGACUGGCUAACACCUUCAAUUGCACCACUCAAGGGAAGAGGGGGUGGCGGCAAGAACGGCAUCGCCCAGGGCCAGGGAAGUGACGCUUCUCAGCUCAAGGAAGCAAUGGCACUUGCGAACAGCAUUGCUUCAAUGAAGCUCUGUUGA